AUGGACAGUACAGACCGCUUCCGCCAGUCUGGCCUAGGCAACUACCCGUCAAUAGGCCAGCAGUUUAAUGGCUCUCAGAACCAGCUGCCUACACUGCCCCCUCUGCAGAGCGGUGGCAGCCAGUAUGCGCCGCCCAUGUAUGGCCAUAACAGCAACCCUCACACGCCCCAGCCGCCGCAUACGCCUGUGACGUCUGCGCCCAAUGGCACAUCUACCAUGCCGCCUCUGCAGCACCCGCCGCUGCGACCCCUCCAGCCUACGCCAACGUCGUACCUGCCCAUGAGCUCGGCCUACUCGCAGGCGCCCAUGUUGUCCACCGCGUCCGCACACACCAACGGCCACCAGCUGGGCCCCUCGCCCGGUAUGGGCUUGGGACACACGUCCAUGUACGCCCAUCCACCUGUGCUUCCCAACCAGGAGCCCGAGCCCGUCCACGUCGUCGGUCAGCAAGGCCGACGCGGCGUUUUGCCGACCCAUCCUGGACGGCCCGCGCCAGCUGCUGGCAAGACACCUACUACCGCGACAAAGAACGCAGAGGGCAAGUACGAGUGCCCGCAUUGCAACAAGACAUACCUGCACUUGAAACAUCUCAAGCGCCAUUUGCUGCGACACACGGGUGAACGACCCUACCAGUGCCAUCUGUGCAAGGAUACGUUUAGCAGAAGCGAUAUCCUGAAGCGUCACUUCCAGAAAUGCUCUAUACGAAGGGGAAACCCGACUGGCGCGAACCAUCUGCAGCACGCGCAGCAACACCUGCAGAAGAACAGACAGCCCACUGGUGCGGACCAGAACUCUUACCUUAACCACAUCGGCCCUAAUGCCAUGUCAUACGCCGAUGCUGGCGGCUACUCCAUGGGUCUGCCGCAGAUGCCUGCCAUGACCGGUAAUGGCUUUGGUGACAACCUGCCUUCGCUUGCCAACCACCAGUCCAUGUCGGCGCGUACUUCGCGUUCAAACAGCUUGAUGCGCCCCAGCAGCGGCGUUGAGGACAGUGCCCACCGUCGGAGCAUGUCUGCUAUGGACUUUGCCAAUGCCCGGAUGAACUUCAAUGAUUAUCGCCCGGAUGGAGUCCCCAACGGUUAUCCACCACAGCAACAGCAGCAGCAGGCUCAGCAGCAGCAACAGCAACAGGCUCAGCAGCAACAGGCACAACAACAGCAGCAGCAGCAGCAACAGCCUCCGACUAACGGUUCCGAUCCUAACGGCCACUACAGCUACGAGCAGGCCUCUACAAAUGGAUCAAUGGCCCAAAACGGCAUGACCGUCAAAAGCGAGGGCACCGACCCAGCGUCAUACGGAGUCUCUACCCUGCCAAACGUUGAUGGCAUCACCAAUGGCCAGGAUGGGUCGCUAUGGCGAAAUGGAUCGUUCAACGGCGAUAUGAAUAAUUCCAGUACGGCAGAUGAUACACCGAAUGAAAGUUUAUUUGGAUUUUACUCGCACGUUCCCGGGUUGGUCGACUCUUCUCCAACACUCGAUGGUUGGUUCAUUGGCCAUACCACGUCUGAUCCAGUGCACAAUCUGGCUACUUCGCUUGUGAAUUUUUGCUCCCCGAAUGCAUCUCUACUCUCAAAUCAACACUCAACCGAGGCGUACACCCACGAAAGACUGCAAACAAUAUUGACUGGAGACAACGUCAAGGAGUUCCUACACGAAUACAGGCACUAUCAAGCGCAUUUUCCUUUGAUACACGUUCCAACAUUUGAUCCCUUCACUGCCUGGCCUGGGCUAGUGUUGACCAUGUGUUGUAUUGGUGCCGUGUACUCGGACAAGAUGAGUCCGUCAGAUGUCCGUUGGUUUAUGGAGCGCGUCCGGGAGAUUGUCUUGCGAUCCAGUCAAGUUUACGAGCUGGCGCAAGCACAUCAAAUGGCGGACCUUGAUAACCAGCUGACGUCCACGACCGAGGAGAUACAAGCCCUGGUCCUACUCCACUCUCAGUUCCUAUGGCACGGUUCGCAGCAGCAACGUCAACAAGCGCGAGACGAAGUCCGGGCUGUGGCUAACGUCACGCGAUGUGCUGCACUCUUCCAACCGCUUCCGCCUGACAACUUGAAUGCAAGCGCGUUGCAUCAACCAGGACCGGUAACUGGCGAGGAGGUUGACUCUUGGAGUUGGAGUCUCUGGAUUGAGAAUGAGAAGCGGGCUAGAUUAACAGCAUACAUCUACUUGAUCGACGCUUCUGCUACAAUAUUCUUCAAUUCUCAGCCGAGAUUCGACCCUAAGAGUAUCACGGUUCCUUUGCCUGCUGACGAUGUAGCCUGGGAGGCGAAGACAUCGGAAGACUGCGCUAGCGCCCUGGGUCUACGAGGACAGGCGGCACAGGCAUUCAAUGAGUCCGGUAGCAGGCGUGCGAAGCAACUGGCCUUGUCCGAGGCUUUGAGCGUACUCAACGGGACCUGUCCAGGAAAGUUUCCUGAGCGGGCUACCAAUGUCUUUGGCAAAUUCAUCCUCAUCCAUGCUAUCCAUACCCAGAUCUACGACAUCCAGCGCCAACUAAUCCAACGAAUGUCUUCGAGCGGUGCGAGCACACCUCAAUCUCAAAGCGGUAAUGCAGCGGCACCAGUCAAUGGAGUCAAUGAGCAAGUGCAGAAUCAGCUUCGCUCCACUGUUGGUGCUCUGAAUCUAUGGAAAACGUGCUGGGACAAGGAUCUAGCCAUCCAAUUCACUCAUCGCCAGCGCCGACGUGGAUUCUGCCGAGAUGGCAUUCACUUUUACUUUUUGGCACAGGCAUUCCUUCGACAAUCACGCCCUGAGGACUGGGCGACGUCUGCAGAUGUGCGAUGCAGACACGUCUUCCAUCUCUUGAAGCAAAUCAGGCCGUACGUCGCCUCGGAUUCUGCGCAAAAGGGCAUUGAGAUUGGUUCCAUGACCGAAAUUGCUGACGAUUAUGCAAUCGCUGAUCUCACCCUCAACAUGAGGAACCUGUUCACUCCUCUCGACGAAGUAUGA